UCUAAUAUCUAGCUAUUCAUAUUCUCUCUCAAUAUGAAAUUCUUAGUACUCUGUUUUAUUAUGAUUUUUUUCAUUUAUGCACCCAACAAUUCCAUAGCUCAAUACGAUUACCUGAAAAUGGUGGAACAAUGGCCACCUGUUACGUGUUUGAACUUACCCUGCGUAAGAAACCCAAAGAAUUUUUCAUUACAUGGGCUCUGGCCCAGCCACCUGUCGGGGAGAAGUCCAAUGAAUUGCCCUCCUCUUGGUGGAUUUCAAAUUACUUCGGUCCAAACUUUAUUUCCUCGAAUCAAUAAUUCUUGGCCAGAGAUUAAGAAAGGGGAAGAAGAACGCUUUUGGCGUGAGGAGUGGGAUAAGCAUGGUACUUGUUCUCAAUCCAAGUUUCCUGUGUUUGAUUAUUUUAAACUAGCCCUUGAUAUCAAAGACAGAGUUAACAUUCUGCAAGCGCUUAUUGAUCACAAUGUUCAACCAAGUUCAACUAUAACCUAUGAUUAUGCCUUGGUUUCGAAAGCUUUGGAAUUGAAAACCGGAAAAGCUCCAGAACUUCGAUGUAUUCAACCAAACGGCCAGGGACCGGUAUAUUUGCAUGAAGUUGGAAUUUGUCUAGACCGUGAUGGAAUUAAUUUUCAAGACUGUCUUCAAACUCAAAGGCAGAAAGACCGUGUUGUUAAAUUGUGUGACAACAAUAAAUUCUACUUAAAACCACUCUAAAUCUGGUGGUUUCUUACACGUUUAAAAAUAAAACAGUAAAAUACUAGCUAGCUCUACUAGCUCUAUAUUAUGUAUGCUUCCUUUUCUUUCCAAUCCUAAUAACAAUAAAGAUAUUCAUGUCUGCUAUGCUGCUUUUACCAAA